AUGGUUCGUCCCCGCGUUUGGGCGCUCAGUGCUGUCACACUGACUGUUGUCGCUGCGCUCCCUGCAAAUGCACCCGAACAUGGUGCCUGGGGUAAACGUCAAUAUGCACCUCCAGUUGAUCGAGCACAGGCUGUCAUCGACACGUUCAGGUUGAGUUGGGAAGGAUACUAUCAAUAUGCGUUUCCCAAUGACGAACUCCAUCCGGUCACAAACACAUACGGGAAUUCGCGUAAUGGCUGGGGCGCUUCCGCCGCCGACGCGCUCAGCACGGCGCUCGUCAUGGGCCAAAAGGACAUUGUGAACCAAAUCAUCGCCUACAUCCCCACCAUCGACUGGUCUGUAACCUCGAGCACGGUGUCGCUCUUCGAAACCACAAUCCGGUACCUUGGCGGCAUGCUGUCAGGCUACGACUUCCUGUCCGGCCCGCUCGCCCACCUCGCCGACGACCCAGCACACGUCACCGCGUUGCUGACGCAGUCCAUCAACCUCGCCAACAACAUGAGCUACGCCUUCAACACGCCCAGCGGCGUGCCCUACAAUCUCCUGGACUUCACCUCCGGGGGCGUGAGACCCGAGCCCAACGGCCUGGCCACAGUCGGCACCCUGAUCCUCGAAUGGACGCGGCUGUCGGACCUCUCAGGCGACCCGUCGUACGCGGCGCUCGUCGCGCGCGCAGAAGCCUAUCUGCUCUCCCCUUCGCCUGCGAGUGCGGAGCCGUUCCCAGGCCUGCCGGGCAUGAACAUCGAUCCGACGACGGGCGAAUUCCUCGACGCGUACGGCGGCUGGAUCGGCGGUGCAGACAGCUUCUACGAGUACCUGCUGAAGACGUACAUGUACUCGCCAUCGCGGUUCGCAUCGCUGCGAGACCGCUGGGAGCUCGCCGCCGACUCGACAAUCACCUUCCUCGCGAGCCAGCCGCUGACGCGGCCCGAUCUCACCUUCGCAGCCAUGUACAACGGCACGCAGGUGUUCCGGACAAGCGAGCACCUCGCGUGCUUCGACGGCGGCAACUUCAUCCUCGGCGGCCAGACGCUGGGCUCGCAGCGCUACAUCGACUUUGGGCUGCGCCUCGUCGACGGGUGCCGCGCCACCUACGCCGCGACCGCGACCUCCAUCGGACCCGAGGUCUUUGGCUGGGACGCCGCGCGCGUGCCCGCCGACCAAAUGGCUUUUUUCGCCCGCAACGGCUUCUACAUCCUCAGCCCGGGGUACCAGCUGCGCCCGGAGGUCAUCGAGAGCUACUACUACGCGUACCGGGCGACGGGGGACGCCAAGUAUCGCGAGUGGGCGUGGGAGGCGUUUGUAGCCAUCAACGCGACGACGCGGGUGGGCAGCGGGUACAGCACGAUUAACGACGUUAAUGUGCCCGGCGGCGGCGGGUUCGCGGAUAUGAUGGAGUCGUUUUGGUUCGCUGAGGUGCUCAAGUACAGCUACCUCAUCCAGGUGGACGACGAUGCGCCGUGGCAGGUGGCGAGAGAUGGGAAUAACACGUGGGUGUGGAACACAGAAGCGCAUCCUAUGCGGGUCGCUGGGGCGUGA